CUUGUCGGCAUUGUUAGAAGGCGAGCAGCCGGAUUGGAAUUGACGUACGCGAUUCAUGCAACUUUUACCGUCACAGGCGCCCUUGGAGGCUAUGAAGGCGGCAAUUGUAUAUAAGGAUUACCACCUUAUUAUCUUGUGAGACAUAUAGCGCGGACGGGUCCGCCUUCCUCUUACUUCCUACUGCAACAUGACCAAGCACCCGCAAAGCCGCUACUUGGAGGUGCUGGCGGCCUCUCUUCGAACAGUACAUCAGCAGGGUGAUGCCAUUACAGCCAAGGACUUCUCGUCGCUUUGCGAGCACAUCCUCGAGGCGUUCGACCACCUGGGCACCAUCAUGUAUUUUGCAAAGCUCGAAAUGGGAGGCAAAGUGGAAUCCAUUAAGCGCGUGUCUGGCCAGCUGACAACUCUCCGUGAGGUGGUGGAGGCGGACGUUAAGGCUAACAAGGCCACUGUGAAGGGCUCCUGUGCGCGCAACCUCCACCGUCUGAUGCUGGUCAUCACCUUCGUGCGCCUUAUGCUCUCGAACCUGCUGGAUAAUCCGACGAUGCAGCUAAAGGACGCGCUGUGGGCCGCCUAUCAGGGCUCGCUCCAUCCAAUCCACACCUAUAUGGUUCGCACCGCCGUCUGGGCUGGCCUGGUCACCAUGCCCACCCGCGAAACCUUUAUGCGCAGUAUCGGUGAGACGGAGGAGUCCGCGCGCGCGCACGUGCCGGAGGUUGUUGCCGCAGCCCGAGAUGUGGUGCAGCGCGUGGAGGCCCUGUACGGCAACGCCAUUAAAAUGCCCGCCUCCGACCUCACGUAUAUCCCCAUGACCGGCCCGCCUGCGUCUGUCAGCACGGCAAAGUAAGACGGCUUUUACGGCUCCUGGUUCUUUUCACGCCUGGUGCUUCGACGUAGCUGCAACAGCAGCAGGCGGAUGCCAUUACUGACUGCAAGCGACCUCCUUGGCAGUUCAUUGCGACUAAGCGGACAUGCGGUGACUGAAUGGGAUUUGGGGGCUCCGGAUGGGCCCAUCGAGACGCGUGUUGGUGGUCUAACUGAGGGGUUGCGUACUUCUGACCAGCCGAACUCGGCACAGCACAUGCACAGCAGCACGUACCUGGCUAGGAGCGGGAGAAGGGGCUAGGAUGGCGCUGUUACCUGACAGGGCACCAAUUAUAUGGACGCUUGGGUCGUACUGGGUUCGUGCCCUACGUGGCUGUGUAGAGGGGUCAUGCGUUUGAGCCCGACCCACAUCGAGCAGCACCGGUACAAGGUUUACGCGUGCGUCGUGCUUCACACACGUAACGUAACAUAGCGCACGGGGCGUGGAGGAUAGAGGUGUGCUGUGUAGUCUGGGGCCGGAGAAGACCUCCUGGACGUUGGCCAUGGAGCGUUAGAGCAGAAAGCGCGCGUGCGGGUUGGAGGGGCAUGGUGCUGCAGUGAGAUUGAGCGGGUGUGAGAGGGGUGUGUUGUCGCACACGACAGGAAGCGCAAAAAAGCAGAGCACGGGGCAUGGAGUUAAAUGGAAACGUGAAGAAGUGGCAUGGAGUGAGAAGAUGCGCCAAAAUGCGCUCUAUGGUUCAGUUGUAGAGAGGAGGACGCGAAGGGGAGGUGCUGCAGUAGGAAGAGGGGUAACGGCGAGGUGCCCGCAGAUCGCAGCGCUUGGCAUAUCUAUGUGAAGGGGGUGUUACCAUGACAGCCGUUGCUUCCAUGACAGGUAGGCAGUCGGCGCCCUGAAAUCCCGUGUGCAUCGAAGAAGUUCUGUUUAGGAGGCCCACGGUAGGAUGUAGCAGCGGGGCAGUCGAGCUGGAGGACGCCCCCCUGUGCACAAGUAGUUAAGACCACAGCUAUAUAACAUGCGCGACGUGCAAGGACGGGAGAGCUGUAGUUCACUUCCUGUCGGUACUAGCGGUAGAGUGACGUAGGGAGGCAGCGGCUUAGUAAGGGGUGACUGGGAAUCCACCUCAGUCGCGACUACCUGGUUAGCGGCGACAGUGGAGCUGCGCAGGUGUGUGUAGAGCCGCUAGGCAUGCGCAGUCAGCUGGCGCUACUGCGGCGCAGUGUGCAGCUUAAUAUGUGAAGCUUAUUGCAUUCCAUGCCUCGUGUCGAAUGGUGUGGGGUUGUCUGUGCUAUGUCGUGUUGUGGUGACAUAUGUUGAAGAGGUAGGCUGCAAUAGGCAAUAGGCCGCAGCGUGUGCACUAUGUGUUUUGUGCGGAAUUACUGUUUAUUUGCUUGUAUGGUUUUUCUCCCCUGGGCUCGGUGUGGCUUUGUACAAUACCGAUUAGGAGUGUGUAGGAACGUGAGAUGCUUUGGUGCCGGCGUUUGGUGGGUCUGCCCGUACGGAGGUCGAGACGCACAUCGUACGGAAAUGUGUGUUUUCACCCUGUAAAGGCUGGUACAGGAGGUGUUUGUUACAUGUUGUCUAUCGUUACGUGCUGUACAAUAGAUGUGUGCCGGUUGCGGUUUGUCUUGGUGAUGGGUUGCUAGCGUUCCGCCGGCAGCUGUCAUGACUCGACACUGUGGGGUUCUGCGUGCGUGCGUUGCGAGCGAAUUAGCCGCUCACUAAACGUGGGACAAUGACCAGCUACCGUAUCUAAAUGUGACACCUGUGACAAGAUUUCUUAAUCCUUUACACGUGGCGAUGCACACGCCGUUUCCAUGUCUACGUCCGUCCGUCGAUUAGCACU